AUGUGGUCGGUGAGCCAUGAAGCAAUAUCCUACGGCGAUCCUGAUAUGGUAAAAACAAUUCUCAUGCAUCGUGAUCAUCAAAGAAGCAUCAGAGGAGCGCAUGGUAUGAAGGAAAGCUUACAAACCUUGGCGGUAUGUCUCUCAGAUACUUUAUCGAAUUUUGCCAUCAUUGUUUUCUUUCUAGAACUCCCCUGAUU